AUGCAAAUGGCAGCUAAAUUAACCCAUAACCUUUUAGCGACAUUUCUCAUCUUCCUCGUGCUGCAACCAUUUGCAGCCAAGUCCAGAACCGUGAAGCCCGAAUCUCUUCAAACUCUCGACGAGCAAACCGGGAAGAAAGGAGGUUGCGGUGGCUCGACGGUCGGCGAUUAUAAAUACUUCCCCGGAGACCCUAAAUGGACAACCUUCCCGGUGACCUACGGCAUCGUGCCUGGUUCCGUCCUGCCGCAGGGCUUGAAUUCUAAAGAAGUGAACGAAUCCCUGGAAGCCGCAUUCAAAGAAUGGGAAGGUGCUGUUCCUAAAUUCGCGUUCAAAAAGGUAGACCCGGGCGACACCGCUGAUAUUAAAAUUGUGUUCACUGCACUCGCCGGCUAUUACUACGGUUUUGGUUAUGCACCGCCGAAUGGGAGGCUUGAAAUUGACAGUGAUCACACGAACUGGAGCACUGCAGCUACUCCAGCAUGGAACCAACUAGACCUGCAAUCUGGAGCCAUGCAUGAAAUAGGACAUACUCUGGGCCUUGAUCAUAGUAUAUAUCAUUCUGCAGUCAUGAAUGACACACUUAUUUAUGGAACCACCAAAAGGGUCCUUGACCCAGAUGACGAGAUCGGCAUAAAGAAUUUAUAUGCCUAGCUAGCGUACAAGAACUUGCUUCAGUGAACCUGGGAAGCUUAGUUAUAUCAAAUAAGUGAUGAACACAGUCUGAAAAUUGGAAUAGUAAGUGUUAUUGUAAGCGCGAAGCAGUAUGAAAAGUUUCUGAAAUAUUAUUAAACUGGGAUUGUCUAUAA